AUGGCACUUCAAUCACAAUUUCCGUCUAUUACCACGAAUGACCUCCAGGAAUUUCAUGCGCGUCAUUUCCCUGGAAGGAGCAAUGACCCGGAUUAUUCCCUGAUGCUUACAGGGAUUGAUGAACAGUUCGACGAGGAUGACUUGGGAUACUAUGCGGAUGGCACCAAACGGACCCUUACGGACCAGCAAGUUGAGAUCUUUCGAUACAGCGAAAUCCAGAGGCUGCAGCGCGAGAAGAGAUUAAAAGAAAUAGCUGAUAAGGGGGAUGCUGAAGUUGAAUUUCAAGUCGAUGAAAAGAGCGAUGAUACCACGCGUUUAAAAAGGCAGGGGAAAAGCCGGAGUUCGCAAGAUCAUCAGGCAAUGGAAUACGAUGAGGAAGAACAUAAUACUAUGGACAGAAAGAUAACACAAAGAACUAUUCAGUAUUCCAACAAGAGUGUCCAAAGCUCCCUUGAGUCUGGAGUCCGGGCGGUGGAAGCUGCAAAUACUCCAAAACCCCUCUCUCUCAGUGCAAAUCCUUUCAGUCGGCGCCUGGUCAGCUAUGAUGAUUAG